GCCAUUAUCUUCUUCAGUCCACAGUGUUUACUCCGAACAUGAACACAUUAAAUGACAGUGUUGAAGUAAAUUUAUCGCAAUAAUAAAAAACAUUACGGGUAGUACUUUAUUUUUAAUACAUAUCGUGACUAAAUCGUGGAAAGAUACUCAUAAAUUUUUUGGUCGAAUUAAAUUCUCCCGGUUCCGGAACGUAAAACAUAUUUACCCAUGAAGCGUCUAAUACUAUUCCUGUCACUUCUGUCCGCGGUGUUCGGACACCACAUCCUCUGUAUACAGAACGUGCCCUCAAGGAGCCAUCACACCCUCAUGAUGGGGAUCGUGAAGCCGCUGCUGGAAGCUGGUCACCAGGUGACAAUGAUAACGACGUUCCCGGAGGAGAAGCCGGCGAAGAACCUCAGAUACAUAGACGUCGGCCACUUGAGGGACCUGGUGCCGAAAGACUCAAACCUAUUGAAGUCCAGGGCGGGCCAAAGUAUGAGUUUCGUGAAGAUGUUCGCGAGGAACAUAUCACGGAGUACGAUAGAGACGCCAGCUGUCAGAGAAGCUCUCAUCAAACAGAACUUCGAUGCCGUUGUAACCGAGUGGUUCUUCUCGGAUUCUGAUGCUGGAUACGCAGCAGUCCAACAGGCUCCAUGGAUUCUCCUCAGCGGCAUGGUAAUACACGCCCAUCUGGAGAAUAUCGUAGACACAGUUAGAUCCGUACCCACCAUUCCAACUUUGAUGAACGACUUUCCAGUACCCAUGAGUUUUUGGCAGCGCCUGCUCAACACCGGCUCUUAUCUGCUCAUGGCUGGCGCUAAUUUACUGGACCAAUCUAAGAUGGAAGCAAAUUAUGUAUCAGACUUCUCCGCUAUAUCUUCAGCUCGCGGAGUUCCCCUCCCUCCGUACAACAACGCUCUGUAUAACGUGUCAGUACUGCUGGUCAACUCUCACCCGUCCUUCGCCCCAGCCAGGAGCCUGCCACCCAACGUGGUCGAUAUAGCGGGCUACCACAUGGAUGAGAACAUAUCACCACUGCCCAAGGACCUCCAAGACCUCUUGGACUCUUCCACCAAAGGAGUCGUGUACUUCAGUAUGGGAUCCGUGUUGAAGUCAGCUGAUUUACCAGAGAAGACCAAGAAGGGUCUUAUCAAAGUGUUCAGCGAGUUGCCUUACACGGUACUCUGGAAGUUUGAGGAGAAGAUCGAGGGUCUUCCCAAGAACGUGCACGUCAGGCCUUGGAUGCCACAGUCCAGUAUCUUAUCUCAUCCAAAUGUACUAGUAUUUAUAACACACGGUGGUCUUCUCUCGACCCUGGAGUCUCUAUACCAUGGAAUACCCAUCAUCGCGAUCCCCGUGUUCGGAGAUCAGCCCGGGAACGCCAAGCGAUGCGUACAAGAGGGCAGAGCUCUCAUGGUCAGCAUCGGUGAAAACAUGGCUGAAGACCUCAAUAAUGCUCUCAAGGACAUGCUCGGGAAUGACAGUUAUUAUAAAAAAGCAAAGGAGCUGUCGAAGCUGUUCCGGAGCCGGCCGGUGAAGCCCUACAAGCUGAUUCAGCAUUACGUGGAGUUAGCUAUUGAGAGUAAAGGAGCGUACCAUCUCCGUUCCAAGACGCAUCUCUACAAGUGGUACGAGCUGUGGAUGCUGGAUCAGAUCGCAUUUGUCUUAGCGGUGCUCGCGAUAGCGUUUAGUCUCCUCAAGAAGGUGGCUGGACUGUUCAUGACGAAACAGAAGCAGAAGGGGAAGAAGGAAAAGAAGAACUAAUAGAGCGAUCUUUAAUGUUUAUGAGCGUUUUUGUAUGUUAUCUCAUAAAAAAAAUAAUAAAAUCUAUAUUAAUAUAA